CCAGAAAGUGGCUCCUCGGAGCUUCGCCGGACGCACUCCCCGAACACCUUGCCGGACGCCGUGUCGCGACGGAAUGAGUAUGGCUGGAAUGAACGGGAUUCAGAUCGCGAUGACGAACUCGACUUUCGAAGACGCGAACGAGUGCUCCGUGUGCUUGAAGGGGUUCUAUGCCUUUCGACAUAAACAUCGAUGCAGAACGUGCGGCAAUGCCGUGUGUCGAUCGUGUGCGUCGUCCCAGAAACGGGUAACGUCCCGCGCGCCCAAGAACGACUCGUCCCGCGUCUGCGACAAAUGCGUACGUCAAGAAGAAGAAGAGCUAAGAGAACGAAUGCGUCUCCUCGCCAUUGAGAACGCACGCAUGAGACAACUGGCAGAAAUGGAAGCCCUCCAGCGCCAAGCGAUGGAAUCGCAACGAGCACUGGCGGAGGAAGCCGCGCGACAAAAGCAAGCAGCAUACGAUGCUCUCGUGACCAAGCACUUUGGAGACGACGCGUCGUCGGCGAAACAAAUAUUUCAGCGACGUCACAGCUUUGCCGACAUCCAGGCUUCCCCUCAUUUUGGUCAAGAUCGAAAGGACUGGGUGCUGAGCUUGGUGCAACGCGCCGACGACGUUCACUUCGCCGUCGAGAAAUCGCCCAUGAUCACCCAAGUGGAGUCCGUGGCGGAAGAGUGCGCGAUUUGCUUAGAAGUCCUCGAAGCCGGCAAUGCCAUUUACACAACGGCGUGUGGCCAUUCGUUCCACUGGAGUUGCUUGAAGGAGAUUAAGCAAUCGUCGUCCACAAACUCGGACUAUUGCCCUUCCUGCCGGUCCGGCCUGACUGAAGUCCAGAUCAAAAAGAAAUGCGACCAUCCUCGAGUCCGUGCAACGCACAAGUUUUGCCGCGACUGCGGUGAUCCCGUGACUGCGGCAGAUGUCAAGCCACGCCCUGAAGAAGCUGGAUCAACUCUUCCUCGUCAGCAAACGCCAGGCCAACCUCCUUCAGGGGGAGCCCUGAGCGGCGCGACGUAUCGAGCUGGCUCACAAGGCGCUUUGGUUCAAUGCCCGCAAUGUCGAAUUCAAAUGCGGGUCCUGCCGCAUAUGUACAACAUGCGAGUGGCAUGCCCUCAAGGACACAUGUUUCAAGUGCAAGUGGCUCCGACGUCCGGUGGAACGAUGAAUCGUGCACCCGUGCACAACCCGAAUACUCGUGGUGGCUACCCUGGAACAUCUUACAACCGCGGAUGAUAAUAACACUCAAAUAUAACCCUUGUGUCCA